AUGGCUGACCGUAAGCUUGUGGUUUUGGGAAUCCCAUGGGAUGUGGAAACUGGAGGAUUGAGAGAAUACAUGAGCAAAUUUGGGGAGUUAGAGGACUGUAUUGUGAUGAAGGAUCGCUCCACUGGUCGUUCUCGCGGUUUUGGAUAUGUUACAUUUGCAGCAGCUGAAGAUGCAAAGGGUGCCCUAGCAAGUGAGCAUAUGCUUGGAAAUAGAAUGCUGGAAGUCAAGAUAGCCACUCCAAGGGAGGAGAUGAGAACAUCUUCGAAGAAGGUAACCAGGAUUUUUGUUGCAAGAAUUCCACCAUCUGUAACUGAAUCUGCUUUCAGGAGUCAUUUUGAGAAUUAUGGUGACAUAACAGAUUUAUACAUGCCUAAGGAUCCAUCCACCAAAGGCCAUCGUGGAAUUGGAUUUAUAACGUUUGCUAAUGCUGAGGCAGUAGAUGAUCUGAUGGCAGAUACCCAUGAACUGGGAGGUUCAACUGUGGUUGUGGACAGAGCAACCCCUAAGGAGGAAGAUUACAAAGAUUACAGGCCAGUUAGUCGAGUGCCCCAUGGUGGGGGUGGGUAUGGCGCUUACAAUGCUUAUAUUGAUGCUGCUACUAGAUAUGCUGCCCUUGGUGCUCCAACCUUGUACGAUCAUCCUGGUCCCAUGUACGGAAGACAAACACCUCGUGGGAUGGGCAAAAAGAUCUUUGUCGGUAGGCUUCCCCAAGAGGCUACUACGGAAGAUCUUCGUCACUAUUUCGCAAGAUUUGGACGUAUUUUAGAUGUUUAUAUCCCAAAGGACCCGAAGAGGAGUGGUCAUCGUGGGUUUGGUUUUGUGACGUUUGCUGAGGAUGGUGUCGCGGAUCGUGUUGCCCGAAGGUCUCAUGAAAUUUGUGGGCAUCAGGUUGCUAUAGAUUCAGCUACACCAGUUGAUGAUGCUGGGCCUGGUCCAGGGCAUGGCCCCCCUGCUGGACCUGGACCUAGUGGUAAUUUUAUGAUGAAUAAUCUUGAACAAUUUGGGUAUGGUGCACCUAUGAGGAGUUAUGGCAGAAUGUACGGGAGCCUUGAUUUCGAUGAUUGGGGUUAUGGUGUGGGUGGCAGUAUGAGCGGAAGUGGCGGCAGGUCAUCACGUUCAGAAUACAGCCAUUGCACUCUGAAGACCAAUGUUUGUGUUUUUCAUAACUGGCUCUGGUCUGGUAGAAGGCCAACAUUUGUAGCCAAAAAAUACGAGAAUUUUAGUCGAAAUGUUUUCGAUACGAAUAUCAUCCUGUUGAUGCUUCAACUUAUUCAGUGGUACAAUUUGGUUGCUGCAAUUUAUUCGAACUAA